GUUUAUCAUCAAUGGGUGGAAUUUCCUCAGUAAACAACAAGAACGGAUCAACAAUGGUUAAAUCUGCACCUCAAGAUACUUUAGAGUUGAAAGCGAGGUUUCAAAUUGAUCUAAGUUUCAUUCAAAGAAUCAAAAAGUGAAAAAUCUACUAUGAAGUGAAGUAUGGCAACCAAGUCAAAGAGUGGUCUGAGACUUCACAGCAUGCUUUUAAGAAAUCAGAGGAAGCAUUUGUCUUUAAAUAUGAUAUCUCACAAAGAAAUCAGCAGAUCCAGCUUAAGGUCGGAAUUGAUUCGACUGGAGAGACUAACUCAAACCAGACAAAAUACGACCCAAGCUUUUACGACACAAAUCUGUACUGUGUAAAUGCUAAUUUCUCCGUCUUGGAUUGCCUCCUUCUCAAAGGUGGUUUUCAAAAAGCUCAGAGUGUCGGAACAAAUAUUAAAUCAUGCCAAUUUACUUCCAAUCAAAGGAAGGAAAUCGUAAAAGCAAGCUUGACAGAAAACAAGACCCGAGCAGAAGAAAAAUUCGUCUUUAAGAUUGCUGGAACUUUUAAAUGCAAUGAGUCUAUCUAUGUCUCUUGAUAUAACUAUGUAAAACAACAGAGAAAUCAACUUUUUACAACAAAGCUUUCAGAUAAGAGCCAUGACUCCAAGAAGAAAUGAGUCUUUUAUUUUGAGCCGAUUCAGCUGUUCUCUGCACAGUUUGACGGUCCUUUUGAAGACCAAGAUGUCUGCUUUGAGUUCAUCUCAGUGAAAGAUGUAAAUAACCAUGAAGUAUGAGAAACUGUGUUAGGAUCUGCUUCAUUAAAUCUCGCUCCAAUUCUCCAAUUGGACGAAGGAUCUCUUCUCCAACUCAAAAUUUUUAAUGACAGGGAAGAAUCAAUUGGGAAAAUUCACUUUGGUUCUCCAAAGGUCAGGCCUAUUUACUCCUUCCUUGACUAUAAGAUCAACUUGAACAUCAAUUUCAUCCCUAUAAUUGCUCUAGAUUUCUCCCUAAGCAAUGUGAUUGAUGCUCAAAAAGGAAAUAAUGUGGUGAACGAUUAUAUACCUGUUAUUAAUCAUAUCAGGCAUGUAUAUAAGAACAUCUCCAACUUCUGAUUAGGAUUCGGAUUUGGAGCCAAAACUUGCAGUGGGCAAGUCAGAGCUUCAGACAUCUUCUCCCUCUCAGGCAACAUGUUCGACCCGACCAUAGACUACAAUAAGGUGCUUAAAUGCUUUAAAGAAGUGGAAUCGCAAGUAGAGAAAUCCUUUCCUGUUAAAUUUGCUCCGAUUCUUGAGCAUGCGACUAGUUAUGCUAAGCAUGAAUCUGGAAAUAAUCAAAACAGAAACUACUAUUGCUUGCACUACAUUACACCUGGAGUGAUAGACGAUGCUCACGAGACUGCAGAAAUUCUUCAAGAGAUCUACGAUUUACCGAUGACUAUGAAUAUUAUAAAACUCCAUAAUCCAUCUUAUGGUGACACUAAUGAUGCUAAUGUAAUAUUGGAGGAAUUUGAAGCCAACAAAGAGGAAGGAAAGAGAAACCCUCUUCACGUAAUUGACUACCAAAGUUAUAAAGAGAGUAACAGAUUUGAAGACUUUGAAAAGAAACUCAUCAUGAAUCUUCCUGAGCAUGUUGGCCAAUAUUAUGAAUCCCAUCAAUCUUUCUGUCAAGAAUCUGAAAAGAGCCUGGAGAAUACACGUCUGGUCCAAAGCAUGCCGGUCAAGGCAUUCUCAGAUGAGUUCAACAACAUGAACCCAGAGGAUAGCGAUGAUGAGUUAGAAGAGAACAAAGGUGGUCUUGUUAAGCUUCCUAAAAAGAAAAGACAAAGGUUUAAAUCCGAAACGGUAGAUAUCAUCCCAAUUAAUCAAAAGAGGCUAUCCUAUUCCCAAAAGCAAGAGGAAUACUUUAUUGCAUCAUUCCCUGUAGAUUGAAAGAUUACGAGGAGCAAACUUGAAGAUUUCGUACAUAGAGGCAUCAUCAUGGAUGAGUCUCCUGAAUAUGUCGAGUAUCUGUACAGGAAAGAACGGAUGCAGUAUAAUACUUCUAUAAUUAAUUCAUAAUAAUUUCAACGCUA